UUAUUUUUGUAUUUGGUUUUGACUUGAUAUUAUUUUGAUUAUUGUUCAAGUUUUAAUGAGUUGGAUUUAAUUUGAUUAAGUAUUGAGUAUACCUAUCUAAUAGUCUUCCUAUAAUAUAUCCAAAUGAUAAGGUGAGGAAAAGCAUAAAAACGGUAUACAUAGUUCACAAUACAUAAAAAGAGUCCCAAGCCGAAGUUCAAAGUGAAGCAAAGGCAUCUAUCUGUUUACUAUUCCUGCUUCUUUUAAGCAUUAAACUGUGUUAGUUAUAUUAUAUAGUAUUUGGUUAUAUCAUACUUAAAAUCAAAUUAAUAUGGAAAUAAAUCAAGAAGCUAGUGAGGAAACUUGUAAAAUAAAGGUAGAGGACACAUGUGUUGGUAGUUCCUUUGAUGUCUGCAAAAUUGAAAUUAAUGAAGAACCCAAGAGAGAACCUGUAUAUGAUGCAUUUAUUGAUUAUUUAGACUCGAAUGAAUUUUCCAUAGACACUAAAGUAGAACAAGAUGAAUAUAAAUUUUCACUGGUUGAAGAAAAGCAAACAACAAAUGAAGAAAGUUGUCCCCAGGAGGGGAACAAAAUGAAGAUUAUGGAAACGUCACAUUCAUCUCAUAAAGGAAAAUAUACAGGUCAAGCUGCUGAAGGUAAAAUAUCAAAUAAAAGUAUGAAAGUUGGGUGUGAAAACAGACCUUACAAAUGUGAAAUCUGUUUCAAGCAAUUUACUACAAAAGGUGUUUUGAAAAGACAUUUGAGAGUACACACUGGAGAAAAACCGUACAAGUGUGAAAUUUGUUUUAAGCAGUUUGGUCAAGAAAGUAAUUUGAAAAGACAUUUGAGAGUGCACACUGGAGAAAAUCCGUAUAAAUGUGAAAUUUGUUUUAAGCAGUUUUCUCAGAAAGCUCAUUUAAAUGAUCAUUUAAGAUUGCACACUGGAGAAAAACCGUACAAGUGUGAAAUUUGUUUAAAGCAAUUUAAAAAAAAAAGUAGUUUGACAAUACACUUGAGAGUGCACACUGGAGAAAAGCCUUACAAGUGUGAAAUUUGUUUUAAGCUGUUUAGUGAAGCAGGAACUUUAAAAAAACAUUUGAGAGUACACACUGGAGAAAAACCGUACAAAUGUGAAAUUUUAAGCAGUUUAGUGAAGUAGGUGAUUUUAAAAGACAUUUGAGAGUGCACACUGGUGAAAAGCCUUACAAGUGCGAAAUUUGUUUUAAGCUGUUUAAUGAAGCAGGAAGUUUGAAAAGACAUUUGAGAGUACACACUGGAGAAAAUCCGUAUAAAUGUGAAAUUUGUUUUAAGCAGUUUUCUCAGAAAGCUCAUUUAAAUGAUCAUUUAAGAUUGCACACUGGAGAAAAACUGAAAUGAAACUUUAGUGAGUGUGAAGUGCAGAGCCGUGCGGUACAUCUUUUCAAUAUGAUGCAAGUAUUCGAAAUACCGUCCCUUAAAUAUUAUUGAAAAUUAACUUUUAUUUUCAUUAAUUGAAACUAUACAAAAUGCACGAAAACUUUUAUUUUAAAAACUUAAAUUAAUUAAAUUACUUUAAAUUAAAUUAAAAUUAACAAGAUAUAUAGACCAAUUAUAUUACGACCUACGAUAAACACAAGUGUGUUUUCCAAUUAGUAUAGAGUAUCUACUAAGUUGUCAUGAAAUGGAGAUAAUUAAAUUACUGAUUAACUAGAUAAACAGCUAUAAAUAUGACAAAAGAAAUAGAAUAAGGUACCAAUAAAAAUCUGGGGCUCACACACACAUAAAUGAAAUAUGCAUUAACAUUAAAUAAUAUUUAUAGAAAUUGAAUCAUUUAUUUCAGAAAGGGGUCAAGUCACAAGUAUCUACUUUUGAGAAAAUCAAGUUUACACACUGUUUACAUUCAACAAACAAUCACUUUAUAUAAAAUAAAAAUUCUACUUAACAACCUGGAGUAUUUGUCAAACAGUGUUGUAUUUAUUAAAAAUGUAUCUUGUUAAUUUGUUUAAGAAAAAAAAAUUAAUUUUUUGCACUCAUUUUGUCAAGAUUUGUCACUUGACCCCUUUCUGAAAUAAACGAUUCAAUUACAAGUUACCCUUAUGACUCUAAUUUUGGCAAACGCGUCAAUCAGAUUGGUGUAGUCUAAAGUAGUAGCUAGUAAGGACACUAUUGAAAUAUGUACAUCUUUUCAAUAUGAAGCAAGUAUUCGAAAUAGCGCCCAUUAAAUAUUAUUGAAAAUUAACUUUUAUUUUCAUUAAUUGAAACUACUCAAAAUUAACGAAAACUUUUAUCUUAAAAACAAAACAUACUUUAAAUUAAAUGAAAUUAAAUUAAUUAAAUUACUUUAAAUUAAAUUAAAAUUAACGAGAUAUAUAGACCAAUUAUAUUACGAUAUACGAUAAACACAAGUGUGUUUUCCAAUUAGUAUAGAGUAUCUACUAAGUUGUCAUGAAAUGGAGAUAAUUAAAUUACUGAUUAACUAGAUAAACAGCUAUAAAUAUGACAAAAGAAAUAGAAUAAGGUACCAAUAAAAAUCUGUGGCCCACACACACAUAAAUGAAAUAUGCAUUAACAUUAAAUAACAUUUACAGAAAUUACAAGUUAUCCUUAUGACUCUAAUUUUGGCAAACGCGUCAAUCAGAUUGGUGUAGUCUAAAGUAGUAGCUAGUAAGGACACUAUUGAAAUAAGUGCUAAUUUUUUUAGUUUUGUUUUAUGGAGCUUCGUAAAUAGUUUUUAAUAAUUUUGAAUUUUGAAAAACUUCUUUCCCCACUGGCUACCGAGACAGGGAAUUUUUAUAAGAUUCUGAAGAAAUGAUGAAAAUAAAGAAAAUACAGCUAUCAUCUAUAUUUAGGUACAAAUGAGUUAGGUUAUUUUGGCACAAAUAGUUCAAAACCUCUAAAGGGUAUCAUUUGCGAUAUAUCAAGCAAUUUUUCUAGAUCAUUUGCCUCUAUAUCCGAUUUUUCAUCUUUUUCUAUUGAGAGUAUUGAAUGAAUAUUCGUACAAUAUUUUUCUAGUGUUUUAUUAUUUAUUUCUCUUGAAAAUAUCAUAUAAAAAUAUAAAAUUUUAUUAUGAAUUUCUAGAAGCGAAAAUCGAUCAAAGAAUUAAUGACAAUGUCUAAAAUAUAGAUGAAAAAAUUUAUUUUACAUUGAUCUUCCUUUUAACUCAUUCAUAGUUUUUUCGUAACCAAAUUGACACUUUUUUCUCCUGGAUCGAAUUUCACUUUCAGCUGAAAAUUCGGAAAUUAUAUCAAGAUUUCUGCAAUUUCAUUGCAUCAGCAGUAAUUUUCAUUUGGUCAUAGCCAGAUUGUCUGUAACUUUUGUUUUUCUUUUCUAUUGUUUCUGACAACAGUUUUACACAAUCUUUUCACAUUUAUAAUUACAUGUUGCGACAUCUUCGAGACUGAAUUUAUAUGAAAUAAAAUAUACCAAAGAACUACACCACAUAUAAAUUUAUAAUUUUUAAUAUUUUUUGCUAAUUCUCGUGCUUUGACUUUAGUUUCCGAAUCUUUGUUGACGUCAAUUAUUAUUAUUUCGAACAAGGCAUCAUAUUUCACAAAAUUGAAAUCUUAAAAGUUUUAAUGCAUGUAUUCGACUUGACCAUCUAAGCACUCAACGGUUGUAGAGUUAGUUGAGAAACAUGUUUUUUCAGAAAUUCACAAUGCUUUGUAGAACCAGAAAAAAACUAGUUCUUGUAUAAUACAGAAAAAGGUUGUUGUUUCUGUAGAAGACGCUGCGCCAUUUAUGACUAAGUUUAAAGAGUGGCAAGGGCAGGGCACGUAAAACCCCUUGGGAUAAUAUUUUUACUACAUAUUUUUAAUUAUUGAAUGGUUCAAUGUGUAUUUUGAUUUUACUGAUUAUGCCGCCCCCCUUGUGAUGCCGCCUGAUGCGACUGCCUCAUCGCAUCAUAGCACGUGAGUAUGAAAUUUGUUUUAAGAAAUUUAAUACAACAUCUCAUUUAAAAUUACAUUUGCGAACACCUGUUGGAGAAAAACCUUAUAAGCAUAUAAAAUUUGUUGUUAAUAAAUAAUAAUUUUUUUGUUUUGU